AUGUCGCAGUUCUCUGCCCAGGUGCAUCCCGGACGGGCUCUGGGUUUCCUGGUCCUCGGAGCAUCCCUCCACGAUAUCCUGACCCGGCUCAAAGCCGAGCCACAACGUUUCCCAAAGCUCGACCUUGUCUAUUCUCCUUCCGAUCCCGUCACCCAGCCGGUGGUUGUAGGUCUGCCUGCCAAUGGAAUCCGUCUGCGGUUUGAUGGACCGGAACAACGAUUACGACUCAUAGAAGUCCUGGACUUCACCAAGAAUCACAUCAUCUUCAAGGAGCAGAACAAGGAAAGGGAUCUCUUCAAGCCCUCGAGCUCUGCAUCGGGCCCUGCGCAAGAAACGACCACGGGCCCCAGCUUCAAACAUAUCUACACUAGGUUUCUGGGCCCAACUUAUGAUGGCGAGUUCGUACCUGGAACAGACGCGGCCAAGCAGGACAUGGGCACAUAUGUGCUCUCCUAUCCUGGUGUAGCUUUCACCUUCCCAAUGCCAAGUUCUGCAUAUUCUCCCGACAAGGAUGCCGUAUCCCUGUUGUCCUCCUCGGGAACGUCAGUUGCAACUUCGAUGACGGUCUUCAGCGGGGACUCUUGGGCCCAGUCUCGGGAUGCGCUAUGGACGGAGAUUCUCCCCAGCGUCAAGACUUUUACCCCGCUAGCUAAGGGCAAGGAUACGUCUCCGGACGAGAUAUCGUUGAUUAAGAUCCACGGCGGUGGGACACUGCAGCUGUUCAGGAAGUGGACAAGUUCUUCUGUCUGGAUAACUCUGGGUGAGACAACUCCUCAGGACUUGGUCGCCGAGCUGGGCCCUCCGGAUGCCAUAUACCGGAAGAAUGAACAGCGGAUGUACAUCCACAAAAUCCGCACAGCUAGCAACAGCCGGACGAGGCCAAACGGGGCUGACAUGAGACGCCAUGACCCCCUCACUGACACAGACCAGUCCUCUGCGCAGGAUGACUCGGAUGCUUCCGAUGGUGCCAUCGAAGACGAUAUUGUCGGUAACGUAUCCAGCGAAUGCUUCUACAAUUACUUCUACCUUGGCUUCGACAUAUUGGUUUCAACGCCGAUAGCACCGUCAAGGCCUCCGCCGUCUCGGGCUGAAGAGCAGAAUGCAGCUGGCGCGUCGAUAAAGAUGGGCACGGCAGACAGUCUAGUGGCGACAAAGAUGAUUUUGCAUGGAAACAUCCCCGGGUCGUAUCCAUUCAACAGACACCGACGCUGCCGUUGGGAGAUAGACUACCUGCAGCCGUCUACACAGGAAUCACCAAUCAGCUCGGAGUCGCCGUUCAGUGAUGUUGAGCAACGACUACGCGAGGAGUGGAAGUCGAUAUACUCUUCUGAGGACGAGGCCAAGAAGCAACAGCGAGGCAUGGUCCUCAACCGAGGAUGGGGUGAUAGUCCGGGAAGCAGUGUUGAGCUCCUUGGCGGCUGGGAGGGCGACACUGGGGCUCUGCCGAGUCGCGGAGUUGGCGGUAAGAAGGUGGACGGUAGCGAAGACUCGACCACGACUCUGUAUGGCUUCCCGGGGCUUGUCUUUGAAGUGCUCAAGAACGGAUUCGUCAGCUCUCUUACGGUCUUUUGA